UGACGUCAUCAGGGUGUUAGGAACGAUGGCUAAGGAUUAUGAUGGAUGGAACAUUUUUCAUUGCAUAUACAACACAAAACUAAACCACGACGAUUCGGUGAAAGAUGUUUAUGAUACCUAUAUUAUCUUCGUUGUAAACAAAUAUAAAUAUGGAAAAAUAAAGAAUGCGUAUAAAAAACAUGCCGAGCUUACGCUGAUCGAAAAGCUUUCAAGCCUAUAUCCGCACAAUAGACCAAUGCAUGUGGACGUUUACAUGAACAAUAGUCCAUGCAGAGAUUGUGCUUUGGAACUUUUGGAAUUCCUUGAGGCAUCUCGACAAACACAAAUAACAGUUUAUUUCGCAAAUCUUUAUAAUAUUAGGAGAAAAUCCUGCAUCAUUUCUAUGGAGAAGCAUGUCAAGAAAGUAGAGAAAAAUGAUGAUGACCAAAAUUCUGAAGGUUUAAGAAGGCUGAUGGAUCACAAACGCUGCAAAUUGCUGCCAUUCAAUCUACCCGCAUGGACGGAGUUGUAUGACAUCUUUGGUGUUCAAGAUCCAGAAUUUGAACUUAACGUAGACUACACAUUGAUGAAAGCGGGCAAAGAUAGAAGCCGAGAAAAAGAAGAUUUACUUCUUCUGGAAGAUUUGGAUUACAUUUAUCUGCAAGAGAUUUGUAAGCAUGAUGAUGUUAGAGUAUACUGAUAAAUUGUAAGUUGUCAGUUCUAAAAUAACGUCUGUUUGUCCUCUCUCGAUU